CAUGGCAUCAAAGGACGCCCACCUCUACGGCGCACGACCCAAAUCCCGCACAAAGGCAAAAGAAAUCUCCAGCUCGAGCACACUCGCCUUCUCCUCGACCCUCUCCAACCUCAUCAAAGCCUCGUCGUCGGAAUCGAGCAAGCCCGCCGCAGGCCGCGCGCGACCGCAGAAAGAAGACAUCUUCAAGACACACAACAAAAAUGUCAAGAAGCGUGCUUUGAAGGAUCUGGAAGAUUCAGACUUUACACAAAAACACCGUGGGCUCACAACAGAAGAGAAGGGCGAGGAUGAGGCGGCGUGGAAGCGCACGAAGCGGCGCAUGGAGGAGAAAGCGCGCUUAUAUGAUGCCUUAAAACGUGGGGAUGUCGAAGACAUUGACGACAAAUACGGUGUCGACUUUGAUCGCAAAUGGGCGGAGAAUCAGGACAAGGGCGAAGCAGCAUCGGCCUCCGAGUCUGAAUCAGAGGCUUCAGAAGUGGAAGAGCUGAUCGAAUAUGUCGACGAGUUCGGACGGACACGCAAGGGUACGAGGGCAGAAGUGGCACGCGAAUCGCGGCGCAAAAACACCCUCGCAGCCGACGAACCAGACCGCUUCACCGCGCGCCCGUCCAUGCCUGAAGCGAUAAUAUACGGCGACACAGUGCAAACCAAUGCCUUCAAUCCCGACGAAACCAUCGCGCAGCAAAUGGCCGACCUGGCCGCUAAGCGUGACAAAGAGCUCACACCACCGCCCGAACUGCACUUUGAUGGCAGAGCAGAGGCCAGGCAGAGAGGAACGGGCUUCUUCCACUUUUCCAAGGAUGAGGAAGAGAGGACGGAGCAGAUGGGCAGGAUGGAGAGGGAGAGGGAGGAAACGGAACGUGUGAGAAGAGAGCGGAAAGAGUUGAUCGACAAGAGAAAGGAAAUGAUCCGGGAGAAAAAGAGGCUGAUUCAGGAGAAGAGGAGUGCGGGGAAGGCGGAAAGAUUUUUGGACGACUUAGGGGCGGAGUUGUUCAAGGGAAGUGAUGAGGUUGAAGAGAAAGAGGGAGAUAAGGAGGAGAAGGGAGCCGCAUAACCUGUGGUCCUGUUCGAGAUCAUUGUCUAUUUUUGCGCUAUGAUACCCCUCAAUUGAACUUCUAUGCGAUGAACGACCCAUGUUGCACUGUUUAAUAUAUCACCAAUCUUUACUACUACCAUUUGCGUA